AUGACAGCAAAAGUUGCUGAUACUAAAACUCACACAGAGGUCAACAUCUAUGAUACUGGAAAAUUUCCCUUAUUUAGAGUAAAUGAAGCUGUUAUCCUUUCAGACUUCGUAAAAAAAGCAGAUGGAAGUCUGGUUGUAACUCAAGUCUCGAAUGUUUUUACAACAAAUAAAGAAAUGGUAACUGUACCACAGGAGGUCCUAGACAUGGCACAAAAGAAACCAGACUGCUUGUCUGUAAUAAAUGCAGCAACGUCACCUUUGAAAAGCACAGUGUCUGUGAAAGGGAAAGUUAUCCUUGCAUGCUCACCUACCACAAAAAGAUUAAGAAACACAGGGGAAGAGGUUCCUUUUAAAAGACUUAAAGUAAAGGAUGGAAGUGGUAUCAUUAAUGUGGCUUUGUGGAGGGAUUUCGCUGAUACACCAAUUCAACAAGGCAGUUUCGUUGCUCUGCAUAAUUUUACAACCACUCAAACAUACGAUGCCAAAACAAAAGCACAGAAACCUGUCCUCUCGAACAGAUCAUCUCAAUCAGCAGUAGAGUUCAUCCCUUCCUUUGCUGAAAUAUCUGAUGACGAAGAAGAUAGUGAAGAGGAAAGUACAGUUAUGCCAACUGGGACCAUAAUUGGAAUUGAGAGCCUUUUUACUUACAGGUGCUGCCUUAUCCAAAAGUGCUGUAAGAAAAAGGUCGGGGAAGACUUCCGCUGUCCAAAUUGUUCAAUUCAGUACACCAUUAACUCUGCUGGUUAUGGUGGCAUUUUAAAACUACUCAUCAAUUAUGAAAAUAAAAUGAGUGUCUUCACAGUUUUCACUGAAGGACUGCUACAAUUGUUAGAAUCCAUGAACUUGAAAACCGACUUAAACAACAAAGAUGAUACCUUGAAUAACCUGAAGGCCGAGAUGCCAAUUCGAGUGAAAUUUUCAUUUCAAAGUAACAAGAUAACAACCAUUCGAAAAUUUUAAAACUUAACAAA